CCUCACCAGUUAGUUAUUYUUCUGAACGUCUGCUAUGUYGUGGUUGUUUGUUUUUUAGARUCAAGGUUUUGGGAGUGUACACUGAUAUCCAGUCAAGACGUCACACACAACACUAAGCUGUACUGUUUUGAGUUGCCGUCAGGUGUACAGAUGAGAAUACCUAUUGGACAUCAUGUGCAUGUCAAAAGAAUCAUACAAGGAAUGGAGAUAACUCGUAGUUAUACYGCAGCCCUGCCWUCACUCAAUGUGGACCCUKYUGAGAGRGAGUAYGCAGGAAAACGGUUUUACUUAAUGAUUAAGAACUACCCAGCUGGUGUAGUAACUCCAACACUGGAAACACUAACAUCAGGUGAUACUGUUCUUAUAAGCGAYCAUAGUGGGAACUUCAAAGAACAGCAAUUACUUUCUGCYAAAGAUGUUUGCUUGAUAGCUGCAGGGACCGGCUUUACACCAAUGAUAAGGCUAAUAAGAAGACUAGUCAUAGAAAAAUCAACGUCAAAUGUAAAUAUAAAAUUAUUGUUUGCAAAUCGUGAAGAAAAAGAUAUUUUAUGGAAAAGUCAGUUGGAUGACUUGGCAGAAAAGAACCACCAAAGUUUUCAGGUUUAUUAUACCAUAACACAGCCUUCCCCAGAAUGGGAGGGGUAUGAAGGACGUAUCUCAACAGAGAUGUUACUUGAAGUACUACCCCCUCCCCCCUCAGAUCAUAAAGACUUAUUGAUAUGUGUUUGUGGGCCGGAUCCAUUCACGCAUGGAAUUAUCAAAACACUCAAGGAGCUACAUUAUACAAGUCAAAUGAUCCAUGCAUUCCUGGCAUAAAUAAUACACAGAUGAAUGUUUUAUUUAAUUAUUUAUUUUACUGCUUUUUUAUUGUAUUUGCUUCUUUCAAUUGUACAAGAAAUUGAAGGCACAAUUAUUGUGUUACUUCAACAGUUCCUUGAAAGUAAUCCUGACAUUGUUAUAUUAAUUAUAAGUUUUACAAAUGUGGGAAUUUAAACCUGGUUAAAGAAACUGCUUUUGGCAUUGAAAAAAAAAUACUAAUUUUUUAAUUACCUAUUUCACUUUAUUGUAUAAAGGAAACAUAAGGAAAAGGAUCCAAAACUCUCUACAAUGUAAUUAGACAUGAAAUUUUGAAAUAGGCCCAAUGUAGUAAAUGAGAAUAGUCAAAUUUUAUAGCAAAAUAGAACAGUUUGUACAUAAAAAUGCAAGAAGAAUGCACUCAUGUAUCUCAAUAAAUAAUUGUAUUUUA